AUGUCUCUGAAAGAUAUUGCGACAGGGUGUACGCAGGAUCCUUUCAUUCGGCUACUGGUGCAUCUUUCUCAAACGAUUUCCAAGUCGGCCGACCAAAUAUAUGGACAGCGGCAUGAAUCUCUGCUGCACAUGUGGAAGGUUGCUCGAUCGAUUGCGGAAGACCUGCGUAGCCAUGAGACGCGGCUAGAGCAAACUCUAGGCUUUGGAUUAUGUACAGCUAUACAAACAGGAUCUCUUGGUGUUCGCCAAACUAUUUUCACCACCUUGUACUACCAUACCCUUCUCUUAACAUUUCGCCCAUUUCUCAUCUUCCGUGGACGCUGGCAGCGGGAUAUGAAAAUGUCGCAACACCAGUCUACGGACAGUGGAACAAAUCGGCCCACAGAGACUCCCUCAUGGUUGAACGAAGCCUGUACUCACGCACUCACUGCAGCGCAAAGAACAAUCCACCACCUAUGCGAAGCAUCCCAUGUCAACGAUCUUGUUAGGCAAGAGCGUUAUCAUGGAUAUUUUAUGGGAAGUGCUUGCUUCACAUUGAUAUAUAAUUUUCUCCACGACCCAAAUUCGGCCUCGGUCCAUUUGCCCUGGGUCUAUGCUGCGUUGCAGAAUUUAUCGACAAUGAGAGCUGGCGAUCCCAUAGCCAGCACCAUUUCGGCUAUACAAACUGUAUUGCGAACGAUCAACCCCUCAUACGCUUGGAUACCCUACCCGAAGCACGGCAGCAGACAUGAGGUUAAUCCGUCGGUAUUUUCGACGAGAGCUCAAGAGUCCACCACUGGGCAUGGUCAGCACUCAACGAUGACUGGCCUCGCAAGCCCAUAUCAUCUAUCAGGGUCACAUCCGGAUUUAUCGUCAUUCCAAUCAACCCUUCCCCAGGUAGAGGGACCCGAUACGGUCGGUUCCAUUGGAUCUGGUGAGGAAUUGCUUGAUUUCACACAAUCCGACAUGGGUUGGGACUUUGACUUUUCCACCAUGGAUCUGGAGGCAUUCUUCUCGAUCUACCAGUCGAUGGGUGCUCCCAUCCCUUGA